AUGGAGUUCACGUUCGACGGUCGACCCAUGAAGCAUGUGGACCGAAAAUCUCUCUAUACGAGGCUGGAAACUCGGAUCAAUUAUCUGAAAGAUUUCCUCGACUUCACCUCAAGUGAUGCUGAAGCCUUAGCAUGGGGCUCAAAGUACAUCAAGACCUUAAUCCCUGCCGUCGUCAACCUGGUAUACCGCAAGCUCCUGGAGACAGAUAUCACGGCCCGCGCCUUUCACACUCGAGACACCUCCGUCGAGACCCCAGUAGAAGACUUCUUCCAUGAGGAUAGCCCGCAGAUCCAACGGCGAAAGAUGUUUCUGCGGUGGUAUCUGACCAAGAUCUGCUCUGACCCCACCCACAUGGAUUUUUGGCGAUACCUGAACAAAGUCGGAUUGAUGCAUGUCGCCCAGGAGCGUCUACACAAGCUCAAUAUCGAAUACGUUCACAUGGGUGCUUGUCUGGGAUAUAUUCAAGACGUCUUCACCGAAGCCCUCCUCUCCCACCCGACUCUCUCUAUCACCCGCAAGACAGCCUUGAUCCGAGCUAUUAGCAAGAUCAUCUGGAUCCAGAAUGACCUCAUUGCCAAGUGGCGCAUCCGUGAUGGCGAGGAGUACGCCGAUGAAAUGUCCGAGAUCAAUCUCGAUGAUAAGGAGGGUUAUUUGGGCGAGAAGAAGAUCCUUGGGGAUAGCUCAUCGGCCAGUUCGAGCGACGACGACCGGGCGAGUAUUAUCAGCAGCAUUGCGCCCAGUAUCGCCCCCUCCACAGCAUCAGCGUGUCCCUUUGCGGAAAUGACAAAACCUGCCACAAACACCAAGAUCUGGGCGGGGAAAUAG